AUCUGUAUUUCAGAGCCUGGGAAGUUAACUCAAAAAGUGAAGGUCUGGAUUAGUGAGUACUGGAACCUGAUGGAAACCGUGGCUAUCAUCCUGUUUUCGGUUGGUUUUGGCCUUCGCUGGGGUCUCCCUCCCUGGCACACAGCAGGAAGACUGAUCUACUGCAUCGACAUCAUAUUCUGGUUCUCACGGCUCAUGGACUUCUUUGCUGUGAACCAGCACGCUGGUCCAUACGUGACCAUGAUCGCAAAAAUGGCAGCAAACAUGUUCUACAUUGUGAUCAUGAUGGCCAUCAUCCUGUUGAGUUUUGGAGUGGCACGCAAAGCCAUCCUUUCACCACAAGAGCCUCCAUCUUGGAGCCUGGCUCGAGAUAUUGUAUUUGAACCAUACUGGAUGAUGUAUGGAGAAGUCUAUGCUUCCGAGAUAGAUGUUUGCUCAGAAAACCCAUCUUGCCCUCCGGGUUCUUUUCUCACUCCGUUCCUGCAAGCUGUCUACCUCUUCAUGCAGUACAUCAUCAUGGUGAACCUGUUGAUUGCGUUCUUCAACAAUGUUUAUUUAGAUAUGAAAGCCAUUUCUAAUAAGCUGUGGAAAUACAACCGAUAUCGCUACAUCAUGACCUACCAUGAGAAGCCCUGGCUUCCCCCACCUUUCAUCCUGCUGAGCCAUGUGUGCCUCCUGCUCCGAGGUCUGUGCUGUCAUCAAGCUCCAGAUGACCAGGAGGAGGGCGACGUGGGGCUAAAACUAUAUCUGAGUAAGGAGGAUCUGAAAAAACUUCAUGAUUUUGAAGAGCAGUGUGUGGAAAAAUACUUCCAUGAGAAAAUGGAAAGUGUGAAUGGCAGUUUUGAGGAACGAAUCCGAGUGACAUCAGAAAGGGUUACAGAGAUGUACUUCCAACUGAAAGAAAUGAAUGAGAAGGUGUCGUUUAUAAAGGACUCCCUACUUUCUUUGGACAGUCAGGUGGGACACCUGCAGGACCUCUCUGCCCUAACUGUGGAUACCCUCAAGGUCCUUUCUGCUGUUGACACCCUGCAAGAGGAUGAGGCUCUGCUGGCCAACAGAAAGCACUCUAUUCACAGACAGCUUCCUCACAGCUGGAACAAUGUCAUCUGUGCCAAGCUUCUAGGCAGCAUGGAGAUUUCUGGAGAGAAGAAAUUCCAAUAUUACAGUAUGCCCCCUUCUUUGCUGCCGAGCCUAGCUAGAAGCCAGUUUUGCCCAAGAACCCAGAGGGCGCCACUUCUUGAGAUUACACACAGUCAGAGAGAGGCCUCCAAAGUAAGAGAGGACCAGGAGGAACAAGAAACAGAAAAAAGUACAGUUGCUUCUGGAGUGUCCCCAAACAGCCAAGCACAUUCUAAGUAUGGCCAGUUUCUUCUGGUCCCUUCUUUUCCAAAGCAUGCUUCUUUGUUUACAGAAACUGUGUUGUCUCAGUCCAAACCAUCUGUGGAAGCAGGUGAAGAUGUGUUGGCAACUAAACAGGUCCCGCAGAGUGAAGUCCCUGUUCAUCUGUCUGGAGAGACCCCUGUUGUCUUAGACCAGACACUGGUGGCUGAAUCCAAAGACCAUCACGAAGCUGUGGCUCAGAUGGCAGACAAAGAGGACAAAGUGGAACAAGUUCCACCCACUUUGCAUUGCACAGCUGCACCCGUGACUUUGACCUCCCUCCCUUCCCAAGCCAAGAGCGUGCAAACUGGAGGUGGAUAUGUGAACUGGGCAUUUUCAGAAGGUGAUGAACCUGGUGUGUUUAGCCUCACGAAAAAAUGGCAAACCUGCUUGCCCUCCACUUGUCCCAGAGACUCCUCUCAAGGUGAACAAUGCUCAAAGCAGAUUAGAGGCAGAUUCCUGUCAGAUAAUUUGACAAGAUUGGAGCAGAAUAGUGACUGCUCAGAGGUGAUGGGACUCACUCAGACAAGCAGAUCUUUUUGGAUCAAUCCUCUCCACAGAAGCCGACUGCUCAUUAGGAGUCGUAGUUUUAGAUUCUACAAGGAAAACAAACUGAUGAAUAAGAUUAAAAGUCAUUCAACAUCCUCUGAGAUAGAGUCAGCGUGGAUCAAAGCAAGAAUGCUAAUCAAAGACAGGAGACUGUCAAAGAAAAAGAAAAAAUCACAAGGACUACAGGUGCCAGUUAUAACAGUCAACACCUGCUGUCAAAGUGACCAAUUGAAUUCAGAGACAGGAGAAAAUAGCAUUUCAGAAGAGGAGUGCGGCAAGAGCUGGCUGACAGCGUCCAAGUUUAGCCAGAUAAGUCUGGAACCUUAUAUCUAUCAGAAAAUGAAAACUGAGGAAAAUGAGCAACCUGCUGUAGAAGUCAGUGAUUACCUACAGCAGUCUCAAGAGGGUCUGAGUGAAAACUCCUUGUGGAAUUCCAGGAGCAGCAACCUCAGCAGGAACUUCCUGAGGAGAAGUUCAAAUGGAAUUGACAAGAUCUCAUCCUCUUUAAAAAGCCCUCAAGAGUCUCACCAUCAUUAUUCAGCCAUUGAAAGGAAUAAUUUAAUGAGGCUUUCUCAUACCAUCCCAUUUACACCAAUUCAACUGUUCACUGGAGAAGAAGUGACGAUCUAUAAGCUAGAGGAGAGUUCCCCUUUGAACCUUGAUAAAAGUAUGUCCUCUUGGUCUCAGUAUGGGAGAGCUGCCAUAAUUCAGGUGUUGUCCCAAGAGGAAUUGGAUGGGGGCCUCCGAAAAGCAAUGAGAGUCAUCAGUACUUGGUCUGAGGAUGACGUUCUCAAGCCAGGACAGGUUUUCAUUGUGAAGUCCUUUCUCCCUGAGGUUGUGCAGACUUGGUAUAAAAUCUUCCAAGAGAGUACAGUGCUUCAUCUUUGCCUACGGGAAAUUCAGCAACAAAGAGCUGCUCAAAAACUAAUCUAUACCUUUAACCAAGUGAAACCACAAACCAUUCCCUACACACCAAGGUUCCUGGAAGUUUUCUUAAUCUACUGCCAUUCAGCCAAUCAAUGGUUGACCAUUGAGAAGUUCAUGAAUGGAGAGUUCCGGAAGUAUAACAAUAACAAUGGAGAUGAAAUUGUUCCCAGCAACACUCUGGAGGAACUGAUGCUGGCUUUCUCUCACUGGACCUAUGAGUAUACACGGGGAGAGCUGCUGGUUUUAGAUUUGCAAGGUGUUGGAGAAAAUUUGACAGAUCCAUCUGUUAUAAAACCUGAAGACAAACAAUCAAGAGGAAUGGUGUUUGGACCAGCCAAUUUAGGGGAAGAUGCAAUUAGAAACUUCAUUGCAAAACAUCGUUGCAACUCUUGCUGCCGGAAGCUCAAACUCCCGGAUCUAAAAAGAAAUGAUUAUUUCCCUGGAAGGAUUAAUUCCAACUUUGGACUUGAGAAGAAAAUGGAAUCAGCUGAGGGGACUUCAGCAAGAGAAAGGAAUAAAAACGCCCCAGAAGAUCAUACACGACUAUAA